GAAGUUCGAUUGCCAGCCGCCAAACUAGCGGGUAAGUGUAGCCAAGGCCCUAGUGACCUCGCUGCUUCUGUCCCUGAGUCCUGCUGACAACCACAUUUUCCAUCUUCAGAUGUCUCUCUUCUCUGCAGGUGGGUAAGACUUGCACUGGCCACGGAAACAGACUGCACAAAGGGCUCCCAAACACACACAAACAACUUCAAAUAAUUGAGGCACUGUUAUUUGUAUUCCGUAGUGUCUAGGAGCCCUUGGUAUGGCCCAGAAUCCCAUUGUUUUGUGUGCUUUUGUUAUGGCACCCUGGGCCAGAACACCUACCUCUAGAAGCAUAAUUCUUCACCAUUUGAGCUGAAGGACCAUGUCCCUGGGCUUGGAAGCAGUAGCUGGCUCAAACCUAUCUAUGUGGACCAGCCACUAGAGGGGAACAAAGCCACAAUGCGCUAGUGUGGGUGUGUUACUUUCUUCUCUCAUAGCAGAUCUCUAGUAUUAGCUGCACAUAAGAAUGGCCGUACUGGGUCAGGGCAAUGGUCCGUCUAGCCCAGUAUCCUGCCUUCCAACAGUGGCCAGAUACUUCAGAGGGAGUGAACAGAAAAGGGCAACUUAUCGAGUGAUCGAUCCAGCUCCGGCUUCUGGCAGAUGCAUGUUACAGUUUAUAGCAUACAUGUCCAUGUAAGGUGUAUACAGAAUCUUUCCUUUUGCCCUCUUCAGCUGCUUGGACUCAGAAAUUACCGCUGAGCAAUUGCAGUGUGAAAUCAGUGAGUGCUGAAGUAAUUGUUCCCAUAUUUCAUAUUGCUAUGGAGGCUUGGAAAGCUAAGGGACCAAUUUAAUAGCUCCUUGUAUUCUGCCUUUUGGAAAGAUUCAUAAAGAACGGGACGUGAAAGUGAAUCACCACAGAAAACAUUUUAAUGUGUCAGUUAGCCAGGCAGUCCAGCUGGACUCUGGCAGUGCUUAGCUAAACCCUGUGUAACGGGUCGGAGCUGUGCCCUUUAGCAAUCCGGGGUCACUCACCAGUUAGUCUCUUCUCCCAGGUGGGUGCUUGGUGUUGUGAUCCAGUAGUGAUGGGACAGGCACUGAGUGUCUGGAUGCUCUUUCAUUUUCUAUUUGCUGGAGCGUUUUCUGAUCCAGAGGCAUUUCCCGUUUGACUGUAUUUAGAAUGUAACCCUUUCUGUUGAUGUGUGCAUCUUGGGCAGUGGACACUAGGUGAAUUGGAGCAGGCUGAUGUUUCAGGAUCCAGAGGGAAAUCUUUUACCGAUCUCCUUUACAUCCCUUCCUUCAAGCCUCUAUUAUAAAUGGCACAUGCAGCCUUCAGAGCCCACCUCCAUCACCCUUCAACAGGCCAGCAGAGCACUUGUAAGCUAGACUAGAAGCAUCUUGCCUUCCCCUCCCCGCAGGCUGCGACUGAGCAUGUGGCAUAUAAUCUUCACAGAGCCCAUUGCCAGUGUAUUCUGCUCCUUUAACUGACUGUACUGUAAACACAUGUCGGCAGUUCUCCAAUGGAAAACCUGACAUCUUUCCAAGUGUACAUUGUCAGCCAGUUUAGUAAUAAUUGCACAUAAACACUAAAACCCAGCGCCCAGAAUAGCUACAGUGGAUAUGUUAACCUUGUCUGCCUGCUUUUGGGAGCGAGUGUCCAGGACUUUGGCUUUGCUAAGAAGUGCCGGUGUUGUCACUACAUAGCCCUUCCUGCGUCUAAAACCGACCAGUUCCAGAGCAGCCCAGGACAACCUCAUCUCUGCCAGAAAUCAGCCAGUAGCAGGGUUUUUCUGAUUGGGCUGGUGCAUCUCCAAAAAGGUUGUUAGGCCUGUAAAAAAUUGCACCUGGACACAGUCCUCUUGGCAGCUGGAAUUUCCCACGCUGGAUGGUAUAGUGCCUGCGGCAAGCCCCCCGAGAGGAAACAUGGCCCACUAGCAUUUCCCAGGACAGGGCAAGGUUUCAGGAUGGCAGCCCAGAGGAUUCGUGCUGCCAACUCCAGUGGCCUCCCGCGCUGCAAGUCCGAGGGGACGCUGAUCGACCUCAGCGAAGGGUUUUCGGAAACCAGCUUUAGUGACGUCAAAGUGCCUUCUCCUAGUGCCUUGCUGGUAGACAAUCCCACGCCUUUUGGAAAUGCAAAGGAAGUUGUAGCAAUCAAGGACUAUUGCCCAACUAACUUCACAACCUUAAAGUUCUCCAAGGGUGACCACCUCUACGUCUUGGAUACCUCGGGAGGCGAGUGGUGGUAUGCUCAUAAUACCACGGAAAUGGGUUACAUACCUUCCUCCUACGUCCAGCCUGUAAACUACCGAAACUCUUCCUUCACUGACAGUGGCAUGAUAGACAAUCUGCUCGAAAGCCCUGACGAAGGAGUCAGAGAGCUAGAUCUGCUUGGAGAGUGGACUGAUGUAAAGAGAAACUCUGCCAACACCUACAGUAACAACCCUUUCUUAAAUGGGGUCCAAACCAAUCCGUUUCUGAAUGGGAACUUGCAAAUGAUGCCCAGCUCAGACAAAGAGUGCACCCCCAAAACCACUGUGGACUUACUGCUGUUUGACACGGCAGCUCCUCCGUUUACAGGGGCCAGUUCUGCAAUGAACAGCAGCAUAAGUAACAUCUUUGUUGAACUUCCAUCCACAAAUGGAUUGGAGUUCGAACAGCCUGUGAGGCGGGACAAUCCCUUCUUCAGAAGUAAACGCUCGUACAGUUUGUCGGAGCUGUCUGUCCUUCAGGCAAAAUCAGAAAUGCCAGCAUCAUCAGGGUUUUUUACUGGAUUAAAAUCGCCUACCCCAGAGCAGUUCCAGAGCAGGGAAGAUUUUAGAACUGCCUGGCUGAACCACAGGAAGCUGGCACGGUCGUGCCACGACUUGGACUUGCUUGGCCAGAAUCCUGGCUGGGGUCAGACACAACCUGUGGAGACCAACAUCGUCUGCAAGCUGGAUAGUUCUGGUGGAGCAGUUCAGCUCCCAGAUACUAACAUCAGCAUCCAUGUGCCAGAAGGACAUGUCUCGCCAGGGGAAACACAGCAGAUCUCCAUGAAAGCCCUGUUAGACCCACCCCUGGAGCUCAACAGUGACAAAUGCAGCACCAUAAGCCCAGUGCUGGAGAUUAAACUGAGCAACAUGGAGGUAAAAACGUUCAUCAUGUUGGAGAUGAAAGUGUCGGCGGAGGUCAAGAAUGACAUCGUGAGUCAGAGCUUGGUGGGAUUACAGUGCUUGCGUAGUGACAUAAAAGAAGGACCCUAUACACCAAUGCAACUCAGCUAUUCCUAUGGAGACAUGAUACAGGUGCAAUUGGAUAACCUGGAACCUUGUAUGUAUGUAGCUGUUGUAGCCCAAGGACAGAACGUCCUAUAUCCUUACACUGUCUGGGACUACAUCAGUAAAAAGAUCACCGUGGGUGUCUAUGGCCCCAAACACAUACAUCCUUCUUUUAAAACCAUAGUGGCUAUUUUUGGACACGAGUGUGCGCCAAAGACUCUCUUAGUGACCGAGGUUACACGGCAAAUCCACGGCGUGGCGCCUGUGGCCCUGCAGCUGUGGGGCAAGCACCAGUUCGCUCUGGGCCAGCCGCAGGACUUGAAACUCUGCAUGUUUUCCAACAUGACUAAUUAUGAGGUGAAGGCCAGCGAACAAGCCAAAAUCAUCAGAGGCUUCCAGAUGAAGCUGGGGAAAGUCAGCCGCCUCAUCUUCCCAAUCAUGUCCCAUGACUUCAAUGAGCUCUCAGACUUCACAUUGAGGAUACAGGUCAAGGAUGACAAGGACGCCAUAUUGACCCAGUUCUGUGUGCAAACACCACAACCACCUCCUAAAAGUGCCAUCAAGUCCACUGGGCAGAGAAGGUUCCUCAAGAAGAAUGAGGUUGGGAAGAUCAUUCUGUCCUCCCUGGCUGCUAGUAGCAAAUAUCCUGUCUUUCAGGAGCGGCCAGUUGCGAGCCUGAAGUAUGGCAAACUGCUUAAAACUGUAGUGCGCCAAAACAAGAACCAUUAUUUACUGGAAUAUAAGAAAGGAGAUGUCAUAGCGCUGCUCAGUGAAGAGAAGAUCAAACUGAAAGGCCAGCUGUGGACCAAGGAAUGGUACAUUGGCUACUACCAAGGAAAAAUCGGCCUUGUUCACGCCAAAAACGUGCUAGUGGUUGGGAAAGUCAAGCCCAGCUAUUUUUCUGGACCUGAUCUCACCACCAGUGCAUUGCUUGAGCAAAUCCUGAGGCCUUGCAAAUUUCUGACCUAUAUCUACGCCUCAGUCAGGACUCUGCUUAUGGAGAACAUCAGCAGCUGGCGCUCGUUCGCAGACGCCUUGGGAUACAUGAACUUGCCACUCACUUUCUUCUGUCGAGCAGAACUAGACAGCGAGUCAGAACGGGUAGCCUCGGUGCUGGAGAAGCUGAAAGAAGACUGCAAUAAUACCGAGAACAAGGAGAGGAAAUCUUUCCAGAAAGAGCUAAUGGCGGCCUUACUGAAAAUAGACUGCCAGGGGCUGGUCGUGAGGCUCAUUCAGGACUUUGUGCUCCUGACCACAGCCGUGGAAGUGGCUCAGCGCUGGAGGGAGCUGGCAGAGAAGCUAGCCAAGGUCUCCAAACAACAGAUGGACGCCUAUGAAGCCCCCCACCGAGACAGGAAUGGAGCGGUAGACAGUGAGGCCAUGUGGAAACCAGCCUAUGACUUUCUGCUAACCUGGAGCAAUCAGAUUGGAGAUAGCUACCGAGAUGUCAUCCAGGAGCUGCACAUAGGGCUGGAUAAGAUGAAAAACCCCAUCACCAAGCGCUGGAAACAUCUAACAGGAACCCUGAUCUUAGUUAAUUCCUUGGACAUACUCCGUGCAGCCGCCUUUAGCCCUCCAGACCAUGAAGAUUUUGCUAUCUGAUGGCGAGGACAAAAAACAGGCAGGAGCUGACAAAAGGCCAAAGUUUGAACGUUUGCUCUGGGACUGGAAUUGCACAGUGAAGCAGGACUUCUUUUGAGUGUUCUCCCUCAUGUAGAAAGAGUCCAGAAGAGCUGGGUUUUCUCUGCUGAGGGGUUGAUACCAGUUACACAACUUUCUAUUUGUAAAGUUUAACAGUGGGUGGGGGAGAACCCAACACGUUUUUUUUAAGACAUUUGCAAAUAAAUCUCUAAUUUUUUAAUGAGCAGCAAAAGUUGAAACCACUUCAAUGGGAGAGUUGUUGCAUUUUUAUGUUGUGUAGGAACUUUUUUAAAUAACUUCUGAAAUUGACCAUGAAUCAUGUAAAUAUGUAUUUAAAACAAAGCACAGUGUGAAUCUCUCCUUUCCAUUCCCUCAGACCCUCCUCCCCCCCCCCACUCCUUACAAGGUUUUCUAUAGUGUGAGACUCUGGAAUCACUGUUUUGUAUUCACCAUUGCAGUAACUCUGAACCUCCUACAGUCCUGAGAAAAUGUUACAAAGAAAAGUAGUUGUACUUUUUUCCCAGUAGCUCUCCAUGAUCUGUUUUUUUUUAUAUAUAUACUUUUUCUAAUGUCUAGAUCUGGAAAUACACAAUACCUAGUUUUCAGAUGUACCACUUAAGUUCUUAACUUGAAGAGUCAGUGCUGCCUUUAGCACUCAGGCAUCCCUCCUGCCUGCUGCUACAAUGAGCAUUCUGGAAGGAGCUGAAAAGAUUUCUGGUUCAGUGGCGUUCCCUCCCCUUCUUCUUCUGCCUUUUGCUUUUUUAGGGACAUUAACUACAAAGGUGCCAGUCUCAUUGAAGGUAACUUUUCUCUCUACUGACUGCUCUGUACUGCAAUAAGAGCAUCUUGGUGAUCUCUGCUGGGGACCUGCAUGCUCCAGAAGCGGUCAGGAGAGAAGAGCUGUAUUAGACAUCAUUUAAAAAAAUGUCUUUACUAAGUUGGGAUCUGAUCCAAAACUCAUUGGAGUCUGUGGGAGUUAUUACGUUGACUUAGGUGCCAUUUCAGUCAGCCCCUUAAAGUUUAGGGUCUGAUCCAAAGCCCAUUCAGGUUGGUGGUGAGACUGCCAGUGACUUCCCUGAGCUUUGGAUCAGGCCCCUCAAGGCUACUGAGCUCCAGUCUGUCAUGUAAAUAAUCCUCGCUCAGAGAAAUGGUUCCACUGAGCUGAAAUCUUACCCCUUCUGGGGUUCCUUCACGUGUGACAUCGACUACCUUUUUUUAACAGCCUUUUGAAUGAUCCUCUCUCCCUCCACCUUUGAAAUAUUUCACACAGGGGAAAACAUAUUUUUGCACAGAACGAAGAUGUUUAUUUUGAGUGUGAAAUCACAUAACACAAUAACAAUGCCCCGUGCAAUGGAAAACUGAUGAAAACGUUCCCUAUUAAAGCUGUUUCUGCUGGGUUGAUCACUGAGAUUGGAAGUCUAUUUUUAUUCCUUGAGCUUUAUAUCUACGAGCAAGAGGUUAGUGUGACCUUGCUAGAAGCAUCAUGGUCUUGUAUCGACUGAUCCAUGAUCACAGGUUGUCAGGAGAUAAUGGCACAAUUCUUUUUUUUUCUCCAUUGUCAAGUUCGUACCAGGCAUAGGAGGCAACAGCUGGCGUCAGUCAUCCAUCCGUCCAGUGGGUUUGCUCUGAACCGUUUGGCUGGCUUGCAUCACAGGACCAUCUCAUCCAAUGUCUAAAAUAAAAACUGCUUGAUGCAGUCUGCCUGCACCCUGCGACAGGCAGACCUUAGAAGUACUCUUGUGACUUGUGUAUCUGGGCAGGCACUGCCAGAAUCUCCUGAGAGUAGAGCGACAAGUGAGACACGCAUGGCUUCUGGGAACUCCGCUCCUCCAAAGAAUGGAGACACAGUGUAAUGGAGAUUGUGCCUCUAAUUUCCCCUCCAAAUGUCACCCUGAAAGAAUUUCCCUUAGAAACAAGUCUCCCACUAAUGAAGAAUAGCACCUUAAUAUCAUGGAUAUUCUCCUCAGGGGCUUUAAGGUAUUUCUUAUGCAACUUAUUAUAGCAUGGAGUUAAAACCUGGCAGACAGUAAUGCUCACAGACUGGGUCCUUUUUUAUUUAAAGGAACAGACCACCUUAAAUAUUGGGGUUUUUUCAUGCACCAACCUGAACCCUACGUGGAAAUGCUGGAAUACCUUAUGUAAUGGAAGCCAAAGUUCAGUGUAUUCCAAAAGCGGAGAGCAGACCUGCCUAAAGGGUUCACUCUGCCAAAUGAUGCCAUGUGCAUCAGCAGAGGGCUUGUAAGUAUCUGUUCAAAGCACAGACUUGUUGCUUUCUUCAGCAAGCUGUUGGCUUUAGCUGUUUAAAAAGCCCUGAUCCUGCCGGUGGGUCUGCAGAGGCCUGGGCAGAACUUGCUGAAUCGCUUCAAUGGGAGCUUUGCACAGGGAUCUAGUUGGAGAAUUAGGAUCUAACCUACUGCAGAUGAAGACAGUGGGGAGGCAGGGUGGCUGUAUUGCUCUUACAGCAGCGUUUAAUCUAUCAGACAGAUGCUUUAGCAUCCAGGGAUUCUUACAAGAUGGGAAAUUACUGGCUAGUUUUGUUUUCCCAGAUUUUCUGACUACCUCAGGUCCUGUACGCCCAGCUGGACAUUUCAACAGAAGCCGAAACCCACCAUUCUUUCCCCUCCCUGAGAAUCAUUUUAGCCCAAACAACUGCAAUGGUUCGGAAUGAGUCAGCAUAAUCACUACGUGAUUUUUUUCUCCCUCCUCCUUUAAUUUAAAAAUCCACCUCCUUUCACACGUUAAAAUCCACGUGCCGUUCAAAUGCCUUUCACCCACCACUAUCAGGCCCUGCUGUGGAGCCUUGGUCUGGAUGUUGCAUUACUUUGGUAUGUACAGCAAUUGCUUAUUGUACUUAACAGCUAAUGUUUUUUUAAAAAUCUUCGGGGGGGGAAGAAAUAUUACAAUUAAAGUCGUUAUUUGAACACUC